UGGAAGACUUAGGCAGUUAGAAACAGAGGAGGAAAUAAUAAAAAAAACAAAACAAAAAUUCAUUUGUCUUGCAGGGAGAGGGUGAGCGGAGAGGGGGGAAAUGUCUCCGUUUUACAAAUCGUGGGCUCUGCUUGCAGUUUUCAUCCUGUUUUAUAUAACGUACCUAUUGCUUGGAGCGCUUGUUUUCUCCACCAUUGAGAGACCAGAAGAGGAGCGACUACGGAGUGAACUCAGCUCUCUUAAAGCGCAGUUUCUUAACCAGAGCUGCGUCAAUUUAACAUCACUGGAAAACUUUCUGGAAAAAGUUUUAAGUGCCAACAAGUAUGGGGUGUCGAUGCUUUAUAAUGCCUCCGGAAACUCAAACUGGGACUUGGCUUCAUCUUUGUUCUUCGCCAACACUUUGGUAACGACAGUAGGCUACGGUCACACCACGCCCCUGUCAGACACAGGCAAGGCCUUCUCCAUCAUCUACGCCCUGCUGGGCGUCCCCUUCACCAUGCUGGUGCUGACGGCCUGCGUCCAGAGGCUGAUGCACCUGCUCACCUACAGGCCCGUGGGCCUGUGCCAGCGGUGGGCGGGCUGGGAGCCAAGGACGGCCAGCACGGUCCACUUCGUGGUGCUGCUGCUGGCGGUGGUGCUGUGCUUUUUCGUGGUGCCCGCUUUGAUCUUCAGCACCAUCGAGGGCGCCUGGUCCUUCCUGGAUGCCUUCUACUUCUGUUUUAUCUCCCUCUGCACCAUCGGCCUGGGAGACUACGUGCCCGGGGAGCAGCGCGGGCAGAGGCUGCGACCCCUCUACAAGAUCUCCGUCAUGGUCUACUUGUUUGUGGGACUGAUGGCAAUGUUCCUCGUCCUGCGUACCUUCCACAAACUGGCGGACCUGCAGGGGCUGACCGCUUUCUUCCAGCUGCCCCAGUGUGAGGAAGAGGAGGAGGACAAGGAGCCCAUUGUGGAGACCGGCCCUGACGACCAGCCUGAUACAGACAAGGCCGCCAGUAAGCCCCUGGAACCUGGCUCUCAGGUGUCCUACAACUCUAUCAACAGAUAGGGACCAUCUACCUUCUCCACCAGGCAUCUACUUAACCAGACGCGUCAAACCAUGGCACAGUGAUCACUGAUCUCAAUGCUAGUUAUGCCAGCACAGGGAUAAGUGAUCAUCACCCUGCAUGGCCAGGAAACAGAGUCCUGUCACAGCAAGGCGACCCUGUCCAGCCAAGUAACUCAGUCCUACACCAUUACAGAAAACCUGCACAGCCAGAACAGACUAUCCCUCAACAUCAUGGAAAACCUACGUAGCCAGGACAGACAGUGUCUCAAUAUUGUGGCAAAUGUACAAAACCAGGACAGACAAUCACACACCAGCAGAUCAACCCUGAGGAGCUGGACGUCCGAAGCGGCCUUGCACAACCAUGACGAGCAAUCCCAUCAGAGCAAGGCAAUCCUGCGCAGCCACGAUGAAUAGUCCGAAUACAGCAAAUCCACCUCACGCAGUCCAAGACAACCAGACACACUGCAUCACUUCAACCCUGUGAGCACAGGGAAAACAAACACUGUUUGAUACAAGACUUCUGCUUUUCUUCCAGUGCCUACAAAACAAAGAAUGUGUCUGUUACAGUUGCACAGUUUGUUGUUAUACCAGGCAAACCAAACAUAACUGACCUACUGGUCUGUAGUAUUUUAAAGUUAAACCUCUUAAAUUAUUGUCUUUAGAGGAAUGUACAUAAACUUGUUGCACAGAGUUUGUAGGCAAUGCUUUUUCACCUCCAGCCACUUUUCACCUUCAGUGAUCCAAUCGAUCAACUGUAAAAGACGGACAUAAAGACAUAAAUCAGCCAAUCAUAUGUGGCCCGGGGGCCAUAUGCAGUCCAUCAAAGAGGGUUCAUGUGGCCCUCGUUGCUUUGUACUAAUGACACAUGAAUCUUAACCAAAAAUAAUACCACUGCUUUUCUUGGCUUGUAGUCGUAGUUCUGUAUUAUUUUUUAAUGAUAUCUGACAGAAUUUUUGCUUUGUCAUUUACGUGCCAUUUUAUUGGUGCUCUGGGGCCUGCGACACAGUGCAAUGUAUCUGAUCAUUCCAACGACCAUCCCGUUCAGUCACAAAAAAAUGACUGAAAAAAAAAAAUUAAAAUAAAUUGAAAAAAUGAAUUUGAAAAAAGAAAUUUAACUGUAUGUAGGUGCAACGUGCACUUUAAAAUUGAACACCAUUUCCUUUUUGUUUGGACGUGAACAUCCAAAUGAGCUUUGGUUCCCGUUGGAUCAUUUUGCAUUAGAAAGAACAUGUACAGCUAUGAUGAAGUUGUGUUAUUAAUGGUCUGAGUUCAGUGAAAUGCUGAAUUACGCUAUGUUCCAUGUUUGUGUUUUGAAGAGUUCUAUUCUCAUUGCUGUAUGCUUCUAAUUUACUUCAAUGCACUGGAUCCAGCCCGUUGCCUGAAGACAGAUGCAGUUGAACAAUUAAUGAUGGUCGUUUGCAGACACAAAUGCUGUAUUGUAAUGUGAUAUGCAAAUAAAAUGUUGGCUUUGUUGCCUGUGGUUCUGUGACUUGAGGAUUUGUGCUGAGAAUGCUGCUGGACUGAAAGUUAGUGUAUGAAUA